ACUGGAAGUGACAACAUGGAUUCAUGGUAUCUACCUUGGUUUCUGUUCUCUGCCUCGCUCCUCGUGGUUUCCAGCUUGCCAACUCCAGAAAAUUUUGAUGUAGAUGGUGGGCUUGACCAGGAUAUAUUUGAUAUCAAUGAAGAUUUGGGAAUGGAUCUUUUUGAGGGAGACAUCAGACUUGAUCGGAUGCAAGAUAGAAAUUCCAUCAUUGAAGAAAAAUAUAGAUGGCCACAUACCAUUCCAUAUGUUCUAGAAGAUAGCUUGGAAAUGAAUGCUAAGGGAGUGAUUCUGAAUGCAUUUGAACGCUAUCGCCUAAAAACCUGCAUUGACUUCAAGCCUUGGAAUGGGGAAGCUAACUACAUAUCCGUGUUCAAGGGCAGUGGCUGCUGGUCGUCAGUGGGAAAUCAGCAUGUUGGGAGGCAAGAACUCUCCAUUGGGGCAAACUGUGACAGAAUAGCAACGAUUCAACACGAGUUUCUCCAUGCGCUGGGAUUCUGGCACGAGCAGUCGCGUUCUGACCGGGAUGAUUAUGUCAGGAUAAUCUGGGACAGAAUUCAGUCAGGCAAAGAGCACAAUUUUAACACCUAUGAUGACCAAGUCUCGGACUCUUUGAAUGUCCCCUAUGAUUACACUUCAGUCAUGCAUUACAGUAAAACGGCCUUCCAAAAUGGAACAGAGCCAACAAUUGUAACUAGAAUCUCAGACUUCAUGGAUGUCAUCGGCCAACGGAUGGAUUUCAGUGACUACGAUCUCUUAAAGUUGAAUCGACUGUAUAACUGCUCCUCUUCCUUGAGUUUUAUGGACUCGUGCGAUUUUGAACAAGAGAAUGUGUGUGGUCUGAUUCAAAGUUCAGGGGAUAACGCUGACUGGAGGCGGCUGUCACAGGUGCCCAGGGGGCCCGACAGCGACCACUCCAACAUGGGCCAGUGCAAAGGUUCUGGUUUCUUCAUGCAUUUCGACAGUAGUUCUGUAAAUGUGGGGGACACAGCAGUGCUAGAAAGUAGAACGCUGUACCCGAAAAGAGGAUUUCAGUGCUUGCAAUUUUAUUUAUAUAACAGUGGAAGUAUAAAUGACCAACUGAACAUCUACGUCAGGGAGUAUUCUGCAGACAAUGUGAAUGGUACUUUAACCCUCGUGAAAGAAAUAAAAGAUAUACCUAUUGGGAGCUGGGAACUUUACUACGUAACACUGAAAGUAACCAACAAAUUCAGAGUGGUGUUUGGAGGGGUCAGAGGCGGUGGUACAUCACUGGGUGGCCUGUCUAUUGAUGACAUCAAUCUUUCGGAAACACGGUGCCCUCAUCAUAUAUGGCGUAUAAGGAAUUUCACACAGUUCAUUGGCAGUCCAAAUGGAACUCUGUAUAGCCCUCCAUUUUAUUCUUCUAAAGGUUAUGCCUUUCAGAUUUUCUUGAAUCUAUCCCAUUUGACUAAUGCAGGAAUAUAUUUCCACUUGAUCUCUGGAGCCAAUGAUGAUCAAUUACAGUGGCCAUGUCCUUGGCAACAAGCCACGAUGACACUCUUGGAUCAAAAUCCUGACAUUCGACAGCGUAUGUCCAACCAGCGGAGUGUAACUACAGACCCAUUUAUGACCACCGAGAAUGGAAACUAUUUUUGGGACAAUCCUUCCAAAGUGGGAGAAGUGGCUUUUUUCCCUAACGGGACUCAGUUUAGAAGAGGUCGAGGCUAUGGAACCAGUGCCUUUAUAACCCAUGCAAGGCUGAAAAGCAGAGAUUUUAUAAAAGGAGAUGAUGUUUAUAUCCUGCUGACAGUGGAAGACAUAUCCCACCUUAAUUCUACACAACUGCUGCCAACUCCAACUGCUGCCAAACCCAACGGCAGUGACGUUUGCACAAACUUCAAAUGUGAGAAUGAUGGCAUCUGCACUGUCCAAGAUGGCAAAGCUGAGUGCAGGUGUCCGUCGGGGGAAGACUGGUGGUACAUGGGAGAAAAGUGUGAAAAGAGAGGUUCAACUCGAGAUACCAUUGUCAUUGCCGCAUCUUCCACUGCGGCUGUGUUUGCUGUCAUGCUGAUAGUCACCCUUGUCAGCGUCUAUUGUACCCGGAAGAGAUAUCGGGCAAAGACAAGUUCAAAUAUGGCAGAUAUGACUCUGGAAAAUCAUGCAUUUUGAAGAUUAACUCAACAAUACUGCCAGCAAAUGAAAUUGAAAAGGAUUCUUCAUCAUGGAUUUCACCUAAAAUGUAUUCCAGUCACCUCAUUCUCCUAUAAAUGGUCUUCUCUGCAAAUAGCUGGAUAUACUAUAGUAAAUCAUUAUUUUGGUAAAAGUCCAAUUGGUGAAAUGUUAUUUGUGUGGCUUUUUUUUUUUUUUUUUUUUUUUUUUUUUUUUUACCAGAGGGGAAGCAAAAACAGACAAACAAACAAAUGAAGGGGAAGCAAUUUAGGCUCCUCCAGAAGUAUGUUGUCUAUAAAAGGAGUGCAACACCUAGAGGUAGCUUUCCAAAUUACCCUUUAUUUGGAGGCUAAGGGUAGUGACCUCACAGGUGAUUUCCUAGAAGCCCAUUGGAAGCAUCCAGUGGCCAUGAUCUUGCACGUGCAACUUCACCAUUUCCACGCUGUCCUGUCCCAAUGGAGGGAAGGUCAGCAGGAUAUCUCCCUUUCUCUCUGGGGACAUGUGCCCCUCCCUCCAAAACGGGCUACUGUCUUGUUUCCUUACAUAAAUCUUUUGGAAUAUGAACUUGGUUUAGAAUUUGUCUGAACCCACAACUACGACCAACAAGAAAACUUUAAACUUCUAGAACAGUGGUUCUCAAAGUUUUAGGUCUUGGGGACCUUUACACUCUUAAAAAUUAUUCAGUGCCCAAAGAGCUUUGCUUAUGAACAUGACAUUUAUCAAUACUUAUCUUACUAGAAAUUCAAACCAGAAAAAUUUAUAACUGUGCCUUUAUUAAUCAUUAAAAAUAAUGUCCAUUCAUGUUAGCAUAAAUAAUACUUUUCAAUGAAAAACAAACUAUAUUUCCAAGCAAAAGAAAAUUCAGCAAAAGGAGAAAUGUUGUUUUACACAUUUUUGCAAAUUUUGAAUGUCUAGCUUAAUAUAAAAUAGUUGAAUUCUCAUAUGUAUGUCUGCAGUCUGUUGUGAUAUAUUAUUUUAGAUGAAGGAUAUGAAAAAAAUCUAACCUCAUACAGAUACGUAGAUGAAAAAGGAAGAUACAUUUGAAUAGC